GAUACAACGUUUACGUUGGCACAGCCGACAGAUGUGGUGUGCGAUGUGGAUGAGCGAAAUAAACGACACGCUGAGGCGUUGACGACCUGGCUGAAUUACUUGCUGAGGGAUGAGUGCGAUGACGAUGAGAGUUUUCAUGAGACGGCGGCAAGGAAUAAAAAUGAUGCCGAUCGUCAUCUGCGAGAACUUUUGGCGGCUGGUCCCAAUGCGCGAUCAAAUGUGAAAGCAGUGGAAUCGCAGCCGAAUAAACAAACUGGUUUCAAUUUCAAGACGUUCUUUGCCGAUGCACGAAUGACGGCAAUCAGAAGCAGGUAG